AUGUGGAUCUUGUGGCUUUUGACGACAGUCUCAGCUCUAUCGCUGGACGUUGACUCUAAGGACUCCAUCUGCGAGGCCACUACACAUAUUAUAAAUGGUAUGAUGGACUACUAUGAAGGAACGAGGUAUGGAGGUACUGUGGGAAUGUUCCAGACACCAUAUUACUGGUGGCAGGCGGGUGAAGCAUUUGGAGGAAUGAUCGAAAACUGGUUCAUGUGUGACAACAACACGUACGAAGAGAUCAUUUAUGAUGCUCUACUGCACCAAACAGGUGACAACUUUAACUAUAUCCCUGCCAAUCAAUCCACCACUGAAGGAAAUGAUGAUCAGGGUUUCUGGGGAUUUGCAGCAAUGGGUGCCGCUGAGAGAAACUUUACUGAUCCCCCAGAAGAUUAUCCAAGUUGGGUUGCGCUGACUCAAGCAGUCUACAACACAAUGUGGGCUCGUUGGGAUAAUGCCACCUGUUCUGGAGGUUUACGUUGGCAAAUUUUCACGUGGAAUUCAGGCUACGAUUACAAGAAUACUAUCAGUAAUGGGUGUCUUUUGCACAUUGCCGCGCGUCUGGCCAGGUUUACUCAAAAUGAGACUUAUGGCGAGACGGCGGAACAAGUCUGGCAAUGGCUAGAUGAUGUUGGGUUUAUCAACGACCAAGGUGGAACAUAUCUUAUCUACGAUGGUGCGAAUAUCGUAAGUGGAGAGUGUACUGAUAUUACAACUAUCGAGUGGACCUAUAACUACGGUGUCUUAAUGGCUGGCUGUGCUUAUAUGUACGAUUUCACCCAUGAUGAAGUGUGGCUAACUCGAACGACCACGUUGCUUUCUUCAAUAUCCAUUUUCCUGAAUGACAAUGUCAUUUAUGAACAACAAUGCCAGGCUGCUAUGAAUUGUAACAACGAUCAGCGGUCUUUCAAGAGUAUUUUCAGUCGAUGCUUGGGCUACACGGCCAAGCUAGUACCCUCUUUGACCGACCAAAUAAUGACAAUCCUGACAGCUUCGGCUGAAGGGGCUGCCAAAUCGUGUUCUGGUGGUACUGAUGGAGUUACCUGUGGUCUCAAUUGGAAUAUAGGUGCUUAUGAUAACAUGUAUGGGCUAGGUGAGCAGAUGAGUGCUUUGGAGGUAAUUACACAGUUAUUGGUGCUUGAUUCCCCGGCUCCUUACUCGCAGAACGAGUCGUCGUCUAAGAGUGACCCUGAAGCUGGAAUAGGGUCUUCCACCCGAAUUAAUAUGAAUGAUUUGGACAUCACAGGAAAGGAUAAAGCUGGUGCUGCUAUCUUGACAGUGUUGGUACUCGGCGUUUUCAUUGGAGGUCUGGUAUGGAUAGUGCUCUAG